AUGAGGACGAAGAACUCGCUGCAGCAGCAGCACCGGGAGGAAGAGGAGGAAGAGGAGGGAGGUCUCCGUAGCAGCUCCCCAAAGCCAGGGCCCGCCAGCACCGAGACCCAGAGCCGCGGCAGCCCGGGCGGCGAGGAGAGCUGGGACGCGCUCUUCAACGAUGACGGGGACUGCCUGGACCCACGCCUGCUGGAAGAGCUCUCGGGGGGCGAGAAGCGCCGGCAGAGCCUGCAGGAGCCCCGCUUCGACUACUACGGGGCCGAGCCGGCCGCGCCGGACCUCAGCGAUGCCGAGCUGCCCCACGUCAUCGAGAUCUACGACUUCCCCCCGGAUUUCCGCACCGAGGACCUGCUGCGUGUCUUCUGCAGCUAUCAGAAGAAGGGCUUUGACAUCAAGUGGGUGGACGAUACGCACGCCCUGGGCAUCUUCUCCAGCCCAUACACAGCACGCGACGCCCUCAGCACCAAGCACCUGAUGGUGAAGACUCGCCCGCUGUCCCAGGGCACCCGCGCGGCCAAAGCCAAGGCCAGGGCGUAUGCUGACUACCUGCAGCCGGCCAAGGAGCGCCCCGAAACGUCGGCCGCCCUGGCACGGCGCCUGGUGAUCGGCGCCCUGGGGGUGCGCAGCCCCCAGACCCCUGCCCAGCGGGACGCCGAGCGCAAGAAGCUGCAGGAGGCUCGGGGAAAGCGGCUGGAGAACAAGCAGCGGGAGGAUGCCUGGGAAGGCCGGGAGUGA